AUGGUACUCCUGGAAUCGCUCGGCCUUCUUUCAGGCUCAGCUACACACAACCAUAACCACGAUCAUCCAAAUACCGAAACCGGCUGGCAGAGGAUGGGCCAAAUACACAACGACAGUCCAAACACAUUUGCGGGGGAGGAGGCAGGCGCGGUGGUGUACAGAGUGUACAAGCGACGAUGGCUCGGGCUGGGGAUGCUGAUGCUGCUGAAUAUUGUGAUCUCUUGGGGCUGGCUCACGUUUGCGCCUGUCAGUGACAGUUCUCAGAUAUGGUUUGGGCUGCCGUCCCAGACGCCGGUGAACUGGUUGUCGACGGUGAUAUUCUUUGCCUUUGCGGUUGCCAGUCCCGCAGUAAUAUACACCCUCAACCAUCAUGGUGUCAAGACCGCCAUCCUCGUCGCCUCUGUCCUCACCCUCUCCGGUAACUGGAUCCGCUACGCCGGCACGCGCACACAGUCCUUCAGCGCGGUGAUGGUCGGGCAGAUCCUAAUCGGCUUCGCCCAGCCCUUUGUUCUCUCGGCGCCCACAUACUACAGUGACCUCUGGUUCACUUCCAGCGGCCGCAUCUCGGCCACUGCGCUGGCGAGUCUGUCCAACCCUCUUGGCGCGGCGCUGGGACAGCUUAUUAACCCGAUGAUUGCGACAAGUCCGGAUAAGAUCCCGGGAAUGGUGCUGUGGGUGUCGGUCAUUGCGACGGUGGCCUGUGUGCCUUGUGUGUUGGUGCAGGCGAGGCCGCCGACGCCGCCGUGCGCGAGCGCGGCGACGCUGAAAUUGCCGUUUAAGGAGGCUCUGGGUGCGGUGUUGAGGAAUAAGGAGUUUUGGAUCGUGUGGCUGCUGUUCUCAAUCUAUCUCGGCUUCUUCAACGCCAUGUCCUCCCUCUUGAACCAGAUAAUGCUCCCCUACGGCUACACCGCCGAUGAAGCCGGCCUCGCCGGCGCCGCCCUGAUCCUCGUCGGCCUCAUCACCAGCGCCAUCAUCUCUCCCCUCAUCGACCGAACGCACAGCUUCCUCCUUGCCAUCAAGAUACAAGUGCCCCUGAUCGCUGCAUGCUACAUCGUGCUGAUCUGGGUCGUCGACGUCAACGGCGCCCUCGCGCCCCCAUACAUCGUGUGCGCGGUGCUUGGUGCCACGAGCUUCAGUCUGCUGCCCGUGGUGCUCGAGUGGGUGGUGGAGCUGACGCAUCCGGUGAGUCCUGAGCUGACGAGCUCGCUGUUGUGGUGUGGGGGGCAGAUACUAGGCGCGGUGUUUUUGUUGGUGAUGGACGCGUUGAAGGAUGUGGGGGAUGGAGGGAAGAUGAGAAGGUCGUUGAUAUUUGAGGCAGUUGUGGCGGCAGCGGUGUGUCCGUUGGUGCUGGUGCUGGGCAGGGGAAGCGGCGGCGGCGUGAAUAAGAGGAUUGAGAUCGAUAAGGCAGCGGAUGGUGUUGAGGGUUGA